UUUGCACAGAGUACAGAGAGAUUUGUACACAUUUUUCUAAAUAAGUAUUUCGUUUUUGCCUUGCAGAUGGAGGAAACCACCGAGGCGGAGGUAGAUGCAACCGUGCCGGGCUGCCGCAGUCCAAUGUUCAGCAGCCGCCGCAGUACCCUUAGCCUUGGCCGCCUCAGCCACUCCUACAGCCAGCCGAUCCGUCCGAUGGCCAGCUACAGCGAGAAGGCGGUCGGCAGCUCACCCAAGCACCUGGUCAGCACCCUCAGCUCGCCCAUCGAGCAGGUCGCCUGCAGUGUGUCCCGGGAGCAUGCGCUCAAGCACGAGAUUGACCAGCUGCAGGAGCGGCUCAAGGACACCGAGGAGCGCCUGGCCUCGGUGCGCCUGCAGAGCGACUCGCUGUCGCAGACGCAGCGCGCCCUGCGCGAGCACAACGGCCGCCUGCAGGAGGAGUCCGAGAUGCUCAAGCUGGACGUGCAGCAUCUGAACGAGUGCGCCAGUGUCCUGCGCUCGGAGCUCCAGGCGGCACGCCGAGAUCGCGGCGAGGCCCUGCAGCUGCAGCGCUCGCUGCGUGCCGAGCUGGAGGAGGUGCAGCAGGAGCGGCGGCGAAUGGGGGAAGGCAAGGAGAAGGAUGGCAGGAUCAUACAGGAUCUGCAGCGCCAAUGCCGGGAGAUGGAGCGUAUACUCAUGCGCAAGCAUCCCGAUUCUGUGUCGGCUCUCAUAGUGGCCUCCAAAAAUCCCGGCAUGUGUCCCCUGAAUGAUCAGGAGAACAUGAACAGCCGCAAGCUGCUGGAGCAGCGCAUUGCCCAGCUGGAGUCGGAUGCCAAGGAGCAGGAUCGCAAGGCCCAGCAGAUCCUGGCCAAUGUGCAGGCCCGCUUCAAUUCCGUUCAGGCCAAGUACGAGACCCACAUAGCGGACUUGGAGACGCAGGUCUUGAGUCUCCAGGAGAUCAACACAAAGCUGAACGAACAGAUCGAGUCGCAGGUUCGCACCCUGGAUCGCUAUAUGCAGAAGCGUGCCGAUCGCUUCUACAACAAUUGCACCCAAACGGAGCCACCAUCGACUGGUGCGGAGGGGGAGCCCAUUAGCGCCAUCCCUGAGGCCAACUCCGCCACCACUGGUACCCAGACCAAGGCUGCAAAUGGGACCAGGGAUCACAGUACCAAUACCAUUGGCUGCCCCUCGCCGGCCCUCGUUUGCCAGCAGCCGCAUCUCCAUCCCCAUGCCCAUGCCCAUGCCCAUCCACAUCCACAUCCACCGUCGGCCAGCAGUAGCACCAGCAGCACCGCCAAUUCCACACCGAACACAUCGCGUCCGAAUUCGAAGCAAAGCGGCAGCGGUGCCCAAAGGCGUUCGCCACUGGCUGUGAGUGGUGCUGGUGGCACCGCCUCCAAGCUGCCAAUCUCUCAGUCCGAGUCCACGCUCUCCCUGCUCAGCCACGGACCCGGGUCCUCCAAGGAGGAGGCACAGCUCCUUAGCUCCGUGCGAAGCAUGCGCGUCGAUUUGGCCAUCAAAAACAAGGCAAUGCAACGCUUGACACGGGAAUUGGAUGAUUGCAAGAAGACCAUACGGAAGCUGCAGCGGGACAGGGAGGGUAGCGGCACCUCCAGCCAUACAGGCAGCAAAUUGGAUCUCCGCCCCCAGGCCAGUGCCAUUUCGCUGCCAAGUGGCCGCCGCUCCAGUGGCUACGAUCAUGGUCAUCAUUACAGCGAUCACGUACCGGCGGCCACCGAAAGCCAGGCCCUGAAGGAGGCCCAGAACAAGUACCGGCUCUUGGAGGCGGACUACAAGACGCUCCAUGACAAGCGCCUGCAGGAUCUAAAGACCCUGCAGAGCGCCCAUGAGCGAGAGCUGGCCACCUGCAAUGAGACCGUGCGCAUCCUCCAGCAGCGCCUCAACGAGCGGGAGGAGGCCUUUGCCACCCAGAAGCGACGCAAGGUGCCCGUGGAUUACUAUGCACUGAAAGCCAAGGUAUCCCUGCUGGAGCGCAGACACUCGGAGCGGGAGGAGCGACUGCACAUGCUGGUGGAGGCCCUGAGCAAGGGCAGACUCAAUGGAGCCCUCGAGGAUCUGUUGCAGGAGAACAACAACAAGUAGGAGAGAGAGUUUAUUUUAAGCCACAUUGCCAGCCAAAAAGAAGAAAAAUUCGUCUAGGAGUCCGUCUAAGCAGAAGAAACAUCCAA